UCAGCCCGAGGGUUCCUUCGUCGCUCAUCUUCGCGUCGGCUCGGCCCGGCCCGGCCAGCGGGCAGAUGCCCCGAGCUGCCGCUGCCGACGCCGCCGACUCGGCCGGUGGCGGUGUGGGAGGCGGGCGUCCGGCCCCGGGCCGCUGAGUGUGACGGACGGGGCCGGGGGCCGCCGGGCGCCGCGGCGUCGGCGCCUCCGCGCGGACCAUGUAUUUCCUGAGCGGCUGGCCCAAGAGGCUGCUGUGCCCUCUGGGGAGCCCGGCCGAGGCGCCUUUCCACGUUCAGUCCGACCCCCAGAGGACUUUCUUCGCCGUGCUGGCCCCGGUCCGCCUCAGCAUCUGGUACAGCCGACCUAGUGUAUUAAUUGUAACCUACAAGGAACCUGAAAAAUCAUCUUCUCAGUUUGGAUCCUACAAACAAGCUGAAUGGAGGCCAGAUAGUACCAUGAUAGCUGUGUCAACUGCAUAUGGCUACAUCUUGUUUUUUCAUAUUACAUCUACAAGAGGGGACAAGUACCUUUAUGAACCAGUGUAUCCCAAAGGAAGUCCACAAAUGAAGGGAACACCCCAUUUUAAGGAAGAACAGUGUGCUCCAGCAUUAAAUUUAGAAAUGAGGAAACUACUGGAUUUGCAAGCACCCAUCAUGAGUUUGCAGUCUGUGCUCGAAGAUCUCCUCGUUGCUACUUCUGAUGGACUUCUUCAUCUUAUUCACUGGGAAGGAAUGACAAAUGGAAGGAAAGCUAUUAAUCUUUGCACAGUACCUUUUUCAGCAGAUCUGCAGUCUUCUAGAGCAGGUUCAUUCCUGGGUUUUACAGAUGUGCACAUCAGAGACAUGGAAUACUGUGCCACACUUGAUGGGUUUGCUGUUGUGUUUAAUGAUGGUAAAAUUGGAUUUAUUACACCAGUGUCAAGUAGAUUUACUGCAGAGCAGCUUCAUGGAGUUUGGCCACAAGAUGUUGUUGAUGGAACUUGUGUAGCAGUAAAUAACAAGUAUCGACUCAUGGCAUUUGGUUGUGCAAGUGGUUCUGUACAGGUUUAUACAAUAGAUAACACUACUGGAGCUAUGCUGCUGUCUCAUAAACUAGAGCUAACAGCAAAACAGUAUCCUGAUAUUUGGAACAAAACAGGAGCUGUUAAAUUGGUCAAAUGGUCUCCUGACAAUAGUGUUGUAAUAGUGACCUGGGAAAAUGGAGGCCUUUCUUUAUGGAGUGUGUUUGGAGCCCAGCUGAUUUGUACGCUUGGAGGAGAUUUUGCUUAUAGGUCUGAUGGGACCAAAAAAGAUCCCCUUAAGAUCAGCUCUAUGAGCUGGGGUGCAGAAGGCUAUCACCUAUGGGUAGUCAGCGGAUUUGGUGCUCACAACACUGGAAUUGAGUCUGACUCCAAGAGUAUAGUUAAACAGCCAGGCAUUCUGUUGUUUCAGUUUAUCAAGAGUGUACUCACUGUAAACCCCUGUAUGAGUAACCAGGAGCAAGUGCUACUUCAGGGGGAGGAUCGAUUGUACUUGAACUGUGGCGAGGCCUCACAAAUCCAGAGUGCCAGGAGUUCCUCAGCACGCUCUGAGCAUAAGGCUGGUGGGGGCAAGAGCCCCUUUGCAGACAGCGGUUUGGAGUCUCAGGGUUUAAGCACUUUGCUUGGACAUCGGCACUGGCAUGUGGUACAGAUUUCCAACACCUAUCUAGAGAGCAAUUGGCCUAUACGGUUUUCAGCUAUUGAUAAGCUUGGACAGAAUAUUGCUGUGGUUGGCAAGUUUGGUUUUGCACAUUACUCUUUACUCACCAAAAAAUGGAAACUUUUUGGAAACAUUACCCAGGAGCAAAAUAUGAUUGUGACAGGUGGCUUAGCCUGGUGGAAUGAUUUUAUUGUCCUGGCAUGUUACAACAUAAGUGACUGUCAAGAAGAGCUCAGAGUCUACUUGCGAACAUCAAACCUGGACAAUGCCUUUGCUCACAUCACCAAAGCACAAGCAGAAACAUUACUGCUUAGUGUCUUCCGGGACGUGGUGAUAGUGUUUAGAGCAGACUGUUCAAUCUGCCUGUACAGUAUUGAAAGAAAGUCUGAUGGUCCAAAUACUACUGCUGGUAUUCAGGUUCUUCAAGAAGUGUCCAUGUCACGCUACAUUCCUCACCCUUUCCUGGUGGUAUCUGUCACUCUCACUUCAGUGAGCACAGAGAAUGGAAUCACCCUGAAAAUGCCACAGCAGGCUCGUGACGCAGAGAGCAUUAUGCUAAAUCUUGCAGGACAGCUCAUCAUGAUGCAGAGGGACAGAUCAGGCCCUCAGAUCCGGGAGAAGGACAGUAACCCUAACCAAAGGAAACUUCUGCCAUUCUGUCCUCCUGUUGUCCUCGCCCAGUCUGUUGAGAAUGUCUGGACUACGUGUCGAGCAAAUAAACAAAAGCGUCACCUUCUGGAGGCCCUCUGGCUGAGCUGCGGAGGGGCAGGGAUGAAAGUGUGGCUCCCUCUCUUCCCCAGGGACCACCGCAAGCCCCAUUCCUUCUUGUCCCAGCGGAUCAUGCUGCCUUUUCACAUCAAUAUCUACCCCCUGGCUGUUCUCUUUGAAGACGCAUUAGUCCUCGGUGCUGUCAAUGACACUUUGCUCUAUGAUUCCUUGUAUGCGCGGAGCAGUGCUAGGGAGCAGCUGGAGGUGCUCUUCCCUUACUGUGUUGUGGAGAGAACCUCUCAGAUCUACCUCCAUCACAUUCUGCGGCAGCUGCUGGUCAGGAACCUUGGGGAGCAGGCCCUGCUCUUAGCCCAGUCCUGUGCCGCUUUACCUUACUUCCCUCAUGUGCUGGAGCUCAUGCUCCACGAAGUGCUGGAAGAAGAAGCUACCUCACGGGAACCCAUUCCCGACCCUCUGCUUCCCACUGUGGCCAAGUUUAUCACCGAAUUCCCCCUCUUCCUGCAGACGGUUGUUCAUUGUGCUAGGAAGACUGAAUAUGCCCUGUGGAAUUAUCUUUUUGCAGCUGUUGGAAACCCCAAGGACUUGUUUGAGGAAUGCCUGAUGGCUCAGGAUUUGGACACAGCUGCCUCUUACCUUAUUAUCUUACAGAAUAUGGAAGUCCCAGCAGUAAGUAGGCAGCAUGCCACCCUUCUGUUCAACACAGCCCUGGAACAAGGCAAAUGGGACCUAUGUCGACACAUGAUUCGAUUUCUUAAAGCCAUUGGCUCUGGAGAAUCUGAGACCCCUCCAUCCACACCUACUGCUCAGGAACCCAGUUCAAGUGGUGGAUUUGAGUUCUUCAGGAAUCGAAGCAUCAGUUUAUCCCAGUCAGCUGAAAAUGUUCCUGCUAGUAAAUUCAGCUUACAGAAAACACUGAGUAUGCCAUCUGGUCCUUCUGGAAAAAGAUGGAGCAAAGACAGUGACUGUGCUGAGAACAUGUACAUUGACAUGAUGCUCUGGAGACACGCUCGGCGUCUCUUGGAAGAAGUUCGGCUAAAGGACCUUGGCUGCUUUGCAGCCCAGUUGGGCUUUGAACUAAUCAGCUGGCUGUGCAGGGAGCGCACUCGGGCUGCACGGGUGGACAACUUCGUGCUGGCCCUGAAGAGACUCCACAAAGAUUUCCUUUGGCCGCUUCCCAUCAUCCCAGCCUCUUCUCUCAGUUCUCCUUUCAGGAAUGGAAAAUACCGAACAGUAGGAGAGCAGCUGUUAAAGUCCCAGUCAGCGGACCCGUUUUUAAACCUUGAGAUAGACGCGGGUGUCCCUCAUGUACAACGAAGUCAGAGCUGGCUCGGCAACAUUGGCCCCACCCAUCAUGAGAUCGACACAGCCUCGUCCCACGGACCGCAAAUGCAAGACGCCUUUCUGUCACCUUUAUCUAAUAAAGGUGAUGAAUGUAGUAUUGGUUCAGCCACAGACUUGACUGAAAGUAGCUCCGUGGUGGAUGGAGACUGGACAAUGGUGGAUGAAAACUUCUCCACACUCAGUCUAACACAGUCAGAGCUAGAGCACAUCUCCAUGGAGUUGGCGAGUAAGGGGCCUCACAAAUCCCAGGUCCAGCUUCGAUACUUGCUACACAUCUUCAUGGAGGCAGGAUGUCUGGACUGGUGCAUUGUCAUUGGCCUGAUUCUUAGAGAAUCCUCAAUAAUCAACCAGAUUGUGGUUCUCAUCCAGUCUUCAGAGGUAGAUGGAGAGAUGUUACAGAACAUAAAGACGGGGCUGCACGCAGUAGACCGAUGGGCCUCUACAGAUUGUCCUGGAUAUAAGCCAUUUUUAAACAUCAUUAAGCCACAAGUACAGAAGCUCAGUGAGCUCACAGAGGAGCAAGUCCAGCCUGAAGCCUUCCAGCCAGUCCCCGUGGGUAAGACCCCGGAACACGCCGGUCCCCGGGCAGAGGAGAGCCGGGGCUCCCUAGGCCAUGGGAGCGUCCCCCCGGGCGAGGUCGGAGGUGGCAGUCUGGUCAGCCGGAAGGAGGAGGACACGACCCGAGCAGAGGAGGAGGACUCUUUUCAGGAUGGGACUUACGACUGUUCUGUGUCCUAACGACAGUGGCGUGCCGGCACCGUGGGCAGUAUUCAUUCUUCAGCCGCAGCCGCGUACAGCUGAGGACACUGUGACCUAGUUGGCGGUUGAACCAGGGAGAAAACUCAGUAAGGUAGUAUUAAAUUUUAACUCUUUCUCCUCUAAGAAAUCUCGGACUCCAUAAAAAUGUGAUAUCAUUUUUCAUAAAAAAUUUUUUAAGCUGCAGUGGAAAGUAAUAAAGAGUAUUGUACAGAUGUACAUGAGAAUAUUUUGGUUUUAUUCUUAAAGAAUGGUAGCUCUUAAACCAUAGGGAUUGUUUUGCCCUAGAUGAGCCUACUUUUUCACUACUUCCAGCUUCUUACAUGUUUUCUGGUUCAGUGUGUGUCCAGACUGCUUUUUAAAAAUAAAUGCGAAGGUGCUUGCUGGAGCUCAUCAGGCACUGAGCUCCCUGUGCGCCCCCUUUGGAUUGAGAGCGCUGGACUCUUCCCGCAUUGGCCUCCUGAGCAGAUGCCUGCCCUGGCACAGCGGCGGCUGUCAUGAUGGGGACUUGUCCUUGGCUUUGUUUAGCCUUUAAAUCCCAGUCCUGAAUUGGGGGAAAGCUAUUUAACCUGUGAGUCAGUGUGCCUGCUCCUUUAGCAGCUUGAUUCCUGCUGGAUCAGUGUGGGCAGAGGUCUGGGGGCUCUUACCAAUUAUGCGGUUAGAUACCACUAAACUGUUUUGUAUCAGAGAACUGUAUCUUUUUGUGAAUACUCUUGUGUAAAUAGACUCAAAGGCACUGUUCAUAUUUUUAGGGCUUAUAUGAUAAUUUGUAAGGUUUGAUGCUGGAUUCUGCAUGGUGAUACUCACUCUUGGAAGGAGAGACAGGGGCUUGCUCUUCUUUCCAAGUAGGAGCAGUCUUCAUAGAAAAAAGGUUUAUUGGCUUGGUCGUACAGUAGCAGAAAUGGUCACACUGAUCAUGAAAUGAAAUAGGCUUUGUGCAAAUUUAGUUUCUUAUUUAUUGGUUUUGUAAAUUGAAUACAAAUGGACCUUUAUGUAAAUAGACUGCUGAAUCCUGUAUUAUCACGGCUACUAAAAAUUACUAUGUGAAGGAUGCAUUCUUCAUUGUAACUUUUAAAAUAUUUUAUGUAUUUCUAGAUAUGACUUAAAUUUUAGUUUUCAUACAUUAUGAAAACCUAUCUGCAUACUCCUUAAUGGCUUCAGACUAAACACAUACCCACUGUAUGUACUUCCAGUUACCUUGUAUCAGUAUUAAUUUACAUAGCUUGUUUGUACUGUGCAAUUUGAACAAAGGAAUGCAAUGUUAUUUUUUACAAAAACAAACUUGUUUAUUUUUGUAAUAACAAUGUAUCUGGAUGUGGACCAAAUUCAUACCACUACGUAAAACAGCCUCUCUUCUCAUAGUGCAAUUACAGUUUAGAAAUAAAACUUGGUCCUCUACCCUUGCUUUUUUAAAGUAAAUGGCUAGAUACAGUUGUUCUAGCCUGGGUUUCCUUGGAAGGGAAACACAAAACCAUUCAAAACUCAUCAAACUGUUUUAAAUUAUUGAGUUUGGUAAUUUACUGUCAUUUAUUUUUGACAUUACAAGUGCAAUAAUUUCACAUACUAGAACUCCUGGACGGGUGGAAUAUGUGAUGAUGGUACCUGGUCUUUCUGGUGCUACUUUAUUUAAGCCUUUGUUUUAAACCACCUUUCCCCAACUCUUAAGAUAGAAAAUGUGUCCCAUGUGAGUACAUGCAGCCCAGCGUGAAACUUCUCCUAGCCUAGUCCAUUAAAUGGAGGAGAACGAGCAUUUUUUUUGUGUUUGGUGUGAAUAUACAGUCAAUAAAAUGAUUUGCCAUUGUAAACAUUGUGAUCCUUUCAAAUCUCUGGAUGUGCUGCUGGGUUCAUCUUGCAGUCUUCAAAGCAGGGCACCAGUAUGUUAACUGAACUCCUGUGGUUAACACCGUGAAGGCAUCUUGGCUCCUAUCCUUGUUUCUCAAGUCAUAGAAAUGGGCGGCCCAAAGGCAGAAAAAUUGGCAGGUUUACAGAAAGUUUCUUUUUGGUAAUUUGUUAUAUAUUUUACUUUUUUAAAUUUAUAUUUUUAUUUUGCCUUGUUUGGUUCACAUAUCAAUUGUUGAAGCCAUAAUUUUAACGAUGAAUUUAAGUAUUCGGUAUAACUAUUUGAAGUUUAUUUGCUGAUACCAAAACAAGUCAUUUUGGAGGAUAAAGUCAACCUUUGCUUGUAAUUAAAGUUGCUGCUACUUCUGUAAUGUGUAUUUAUUUAUUUUUUUUAACUUGGUAAAGGGCAAUAAAACCGUUACAGGAACUUUGUUUAUUCAACACCUCAGCCACGGGAAUAUUCUUUUCAUUAUGUAAUUCUACCUCUUAGAAUUUUAUGAAAUAACUACAAAUUCAGAUUUAAAAUUUAUAUGCAGAAUUACUUAGGAGCAUCAACACUUGGCAGCAGCUAUAAGCCUGACUGUAGAAGCUUGCAAGAACAAUCCAUC